GUGGUCAUGCCAUACAAAUCAGUACAAAGCACCCUGAAGCGUUGGACAAGUUUGCCAGUGACUUACCCAAAGAUCACAAAUGGGAUCGAGGAGCUGUAUAGUGUAAUGAUUAAGGAAAAGUUUCAAAAUUUGCUUGAGUACAGCGGUGGAAGACUCAAGGUCGAUCUCAUUAAAGAAAAAGACAGCACUGCACUUCUUAUAUGGGAUCCGCAAUACGUGGUUCAAUUUAAAAACUGUGAACUGCUAUGCGGUGAUGGUACUUUUUCUCGAUAUCCAGAUAUCGCACCGAAGAAAGUCACAAAACACCAUCAACUGUACGUUAUCCACGCCAUAUGGGAAAACACGUGUUUCCCUCUGGCUUGGAUUCUGCUCGACCGGAAGACGCAAUAUGCCUAUGAGAGUGUUUUCAAAGUAAUUUUCAAAGAUUUUAAAGAAUACGACAAGGUCGUGAUGGCCGAUUUCGAAAUUGCAUCACGAAACGCUUUUAGAAAAUUCAUGCCAUUAGCAGAGAUCCGUGGUUGUUUUUUUCAUCACUCGCAAAAUCCUAAAUUUUCACCACAGGCAAUCCAAAAAAAUGCUUCUCAGCUUGGCGUAUGGGAACAGAUAAAGAAAGAUGAUGAGGGACGCCGUGAAUUGAGGAUGCUCAUGGCGCUUGCAUUUCUUCCAGAAAAUGAGAUUUGGGAUGGUUAUAAGGAGUAUGAGAAACGCUUACCUGAAAAAUAUAAGGGAAUUUUUAGACCUCUUCUCAAUUAUUAUGAAGACUAUUGGCUUAACAACAGAGGUCCCAAAGAAUUCUGCGUAAAUGAUUUAAAGAAAACGACUGAUAAUUAUUCCGAAUCGUAUAACGCUGAUCUUGCAAGGAACCUUCGAAAACAUCCAAAACCUUCGACAUUAAUCCAACACAUAAAACAAAAUUUGGAAACUGGAAUUAGGAACAGAAAGUCCAUAAAGGAGGGAGUCCAAGUCGGGUCAGUAUCCAGAAGGACAUUGGUGCGGGCAACUGAAAGACAACAACUGUGCGAGGAAUUUAAAGCGGGAACAAAAUCCGUCAGCUAUUUCUUGAGCAGGAUCAGCUAUAUCAUUCAUAAGCGAGCCCCAAAAUUUGAAAUCCCGAGUGAAGACGAUGUAACCGAUAAUGAUGACAUUGAUGAGACGGACCAUGAUCUUGAAACGACAAGUAAAGAGGGAACGACAAGUGGACAGGGAACAGGAAAGAUAUUCAAAAGAACGAAGAUAUCAUUAUCCGCCGAAAAUUUUAAGAUGUUGUUAAAGAAAACAAAAAAAUAACAAAAUAAACUCGUGCACAC